AUGGAUACUGUGGAGGUGAAAAAACGAGAACAUCACAAGAACUCUGGACCUGUCCAAAACCAACCUGAAUGGCGGGGCGCCCCUGUAUAUUCUCAUCAGAACCAGACUGAUAUUCCCAUCGCAGUGGUACCCCCAGGACUGGAGUGUCUUGUAAAGGUAAAUAAGGUUAUCCUCCAUAAAAAAGCUUUCUUCACCAGAUCUGGGCGGACCCUUUUCACCAUACAUUGGCCAUUUGAGUGCUGUGGACCAGGCUUCAAUCUGAGGGUCCGAGAUCAUUACAAGAGGAAUGUGAUGUCACUCUGUGCGGACUCAGGGGAAAAUUGCUUCAGAAGACAUACUAAUGGGUGGAGUGUGGAGGUGGAAGAAGGGACUGUGGAGGUGGAGAUUUUAGUGGAGACUGUGAAGGAGGAAGAGGGAGGGGAGAGUGUGGAGGUAGAUGAGGGGACUGUGGCAGUAGAAGAGGGGGCUUUGGUGGUGGAAAUUACAGUGCCGGAGAAAGAGGGGACUGCCGAGCUAAAGAUCGUUGUUCUUCCUGCUCGCACUAUAGGUUUUGUAACAAUUUCACACUUUUCUUCUAAAAUGAGUGUCUCCAUCCAGAUGACAUGUGGAGAGCCUGCAUUCACUGCUGAACUGCCUUUUUACUGCACUCAGAACAUUAUUGAGAUACUCAGUGUAAAAGGGUCUUGUCCUGUGGCCAAAAUAAUUAAGGAGGGAGAGACAACAUCAUCUUCUAAAGUCAUCUUCAAAUUUCCAAAGGACAUGGAGGCUACAUUGAAAGCUGUUAUCUUGGCUGCAUUCCUGUACAUGAAAUAUCAAUUGAAAAGUUUUUUCAGCACUUCCUACAGUUAUGAUGGUGGAUGGGGUACCGUGGGUGGAUUGUCCUUCUACGAUGGUGGUAAAAUUAUCCCCAUCACGUAG